CGCCUGCGCAGUGGGGAGCAGUUCGCGGCUAGGUUUUGGGCUGCAGUCUCGCUCUGAAGGCGGCCGGAGCGGCUGUCUCCAUUAAGAUGAGGCUCUUGCUGCUUCUGCUGGUGGCGGCGUCGGCGGUGGUCCGCAGCGAGGCCUCUGCCAACCUGGGCGGCGUGCCCAGCAAGAGAUUAAAGAUGCAGUACGCCACGGGGCCGCUGCUCAAGUUCCAGAUUUGUGUAUCCUGAGGGUACAGGCGGGUGUUUGAGGAGUACAUGCGGGUUAUUAGCCAGCGGUAUCCAGACAUCCGCAUUGAAGGAGAGAAUUAUCUCCCUCAGCCAAUUUAUAGACACAUAGCAUCUUUCCUGUCAGUCUUCAAACUAGUAUUAAUAGGCUUAAUAAUUGUUGGCAAAGAUCCUUUUGCUUUUUUCGGCAUGCAAGCUCCUAGCAUCUGGCAGUGGGGCCAAGAAAAUAAGGUUUAUGCAUGUAUGAUGGUUUUCUUCUUGAGCAACAUGAUUGAGAACCAGUGUAUGUCAACAGGUGCAUUUGAGAUAACUUUAAAUGAUGUGCCAGUGUGGUCUAAGCUGGAAUCUGGACAUCUUCCAUCCAUGCAACAACUUGUUCAAAUUCUUGACAAUGAAAUGAAACUCAAUGUGCAUAUGGAUUCAAUCCCACAUCAUCGAUCAUAGCCCUACCUAUCAGCACUGAAAACUCUUUUACACUAAGGGAUUUUGCAAGAGCAGCGUGACUGACAUUAUGAAGGCCUGUACUGAAGACAGCAAGCUGUUAGUACAGACCAGAUGUUUCUUGGCAGGCUCGUUGUACCUCUUGGAAAACCUCAGUGCAAGACAGUUUUCCAUGCUGGCACAUGCUGAAUUCUGCACAUACAUGUAGUGCAGUGAUACUGUGUAGCUUCCCCGAGCCCACUGUUCAGAGUUUCUUCUUGACAUAGCAUUACUACUUGUAAUUCUUUUCUUGGUCAUGUUUGAGAAAGUACAGAAUUGAGUUACAACUUGAGUUUUUUUCAAUAUGUGUGUUAAGUCGGUUGUGUUUUUAUAUGAAUCUUCAUUUUUUUUUAAUAGUUAAACAUCAAUUUUCUUGGCAACACCUGAAGUUCCCAAAUAAUUUUUAAAAGUU